AUUAAAAGUUAAAGUUAAAGUUUUUAAUAAUAAGGAUUCCUUUGGAUGAAUGUUAUGUUUCAUUAUUUCUUUGGAUGGUCCCUUAGUAGUAAGGGUGCAAUUGAGUAUUGGGCAACUUAAUUAGUAAGGGGAGUUUGUAAGGGAGAGACUUAGUAAGGGACUUAGGUACGUAAUAAUAGUUCAUAGAGCUUUUCCGGCAGCAUUGGGCAUUGGGAAACAGACUCUGUAUUGCAUUUCUGUCUGUAAUAUACUACACACACUUUAAUGAAGACUCUAAUUGAAAUUGGUUAGGUGCACCUAAAGAAAUAGUUGUCAUUGCCAAAAGUGCCUUAACUCAAGGCUCCAAAAUAAUUUUUGACCACAGAAGGCACAAAGGGGCACAUUAGUAAUAACAGUAAUGAUAAUAUAUUUAAUUUGUACCACUAAGAUGCAGAACUCUUUCAGAGUAAGAUGAAGAGAAGAACUCUAUCUAAAUGGGUGGAUUACUGUACCUUAUAUGUGUUAUGUAAUUGGCUUGUUUCAACAGAACGGCUGUAGCUGACAAAUUUGUUGAGAGACUCCUGAAAAUUUUGGAUGCAGUAAAUAGAUGUGUGAUGAAAAAGGUGUGACACUAUCAGGUGAAGUCCAAACAACAAUAACAUUUCCAAUUUCUGUGUGUGUGUGUGUGUGUGUGUGUGUGUGUGUGUGUGUGUGUGUGUGUGUGUGUGUGUGUGUGUGUGUGUGUGUGUGUGUUGUAAACCUGGCAUGUUGGCAUAUUAAAGAGUACUUAAUCUAUUUCUAUUGUUGUUUUCAAGCCUGCAGUGCUGCUUAUUCUGCGUUCUGAUUACAUGCUGGAUGGCAAAGUGAAUGAACAAAGUUUAACUUGUUUACGACAGAUAGAAGUCAACACUGUCUCAUCUGCCUUAGCAGGGCAAGCAACACGGAUGCCUGAACUUCAUAGAUAUACAUGUGCUUUACGAGAUGAUCUAACGUCUGAUGGCCAAAAAGAUCAGAUUCCAGAUAAUCCUGUUGUUGAUGAAAUUGCAACUGGAAUAGCAGCAGCAUGGCAGGCGUAUGGCUCUUCUAGUACUGUAGUCGUGAUGCUGGUUGGAUGCGAUGAGAGCAACGUAUUUGACCAGCUGCUUGUUGAAGACGCUUUGCUUAUGAAUCAUGGCAUCAAUAUGGUACGUUGCAUCUUCGAUGAUAUUGUGAAGGGUGGAUCAAUGCAAGUAUCAGUGAACCGUGAUGGAACGGCAUUCAUUGGUAAUCACGAAGUUGCUGUGUUCUACUUCCGGCAUGGCUACAAUCCUUUGCAUUACUCUACAGAAAAGCAUUGGGAUGCUCGGUUAUUGAUUGAGAAAUCGAGAAGUGUGGUGUGUCCAUCUGUCGCUGAGCAGCUGGCAGGGACGAAGAGAGUACAAAUGGAGUUGGGUCGUCCUGGAGUUUUGGAACGGUUUGUGAACUCGUCUGCUGCAUCAAGGAUAAGAGAAACGUUUUGUAAUAUGUACUCUCUAGAUUUGACAGAUGAAGGGAAUGAAGUUGCUGUUAGGGCUGUUGCAAAUCCACAAUUGUAUGUAAUGAAAUCAGAACGAGAAGGUGGAGGAAGUAUUGUUGCUGGUGAAUCGAUGAAGUCGCGGUUGAACGAGUGCUUCACAAGCAAGGAACGAAGUAGUUUCAUUCUUAUGGACAAAGUGUUUGCUCCAGUAUCAAAGAGUUACAUCAUUCACAGUGAACAAGCAGCGGACUUUGUAGAAGUGGAUGUGGUGAGCGAAUUGGGAGUGUAUGGAGUGUAUGUCAAGAAUACCAUCACUAGUGAGGUAGAGAUGAACACGGUAGCAGGACAUCUUCUUCGUACAAAAAAUGCUCAAACCGAAGGAGGCGGGGUCGUCCACGGAACUGCAGCUUUUGAUUCACCAUUACUAGUUUAAUCUAUUUCAAUAUUUCAUAUCAGAAAAUGAUGAGAAAUAGAGGUAUGGGAUAAUUGUAUGUAUUAGGUCUGACAGUAUUUAUGAUUUCGUCCUCGUAGAAAUGACUUGUUAGUGUAUAGCUGUACUACAUGUAUAUGUAAUAGCAUUUUAAUUUCUGAGCUAGCGACUUGUCUUAUUUCUGGCGUUUCGCAAUGAACUAGAGUUGUUGUGGUGGUGCUGUUAGUUUAUACAUGCUUGACUGUUCGGGAACAACAAUUUAAAGGGGAGGGGUUGGUAACGUCCAGAGCCAUCUGUAUGAGGUGUGUUUGUGUGUGUGCGUGUGUGUGUGUGUG